UCCCGAGCUACGAAACAUGCGCUCUCCAUCAGUCUAACCCGCCCCCGCCAAGCGGAAACAGGAUAGUGGCACAGCGCAGCAGCUUCUGGGUAGGAGUCCUCUUGGGAAGUCGGGAGUCCACUGCCGUCAACGCAGAGCAACGUCAUUUCAACAAUCACGUUAAUGCUAUAGGGACUGCGCUUUAAAACUCAAGAAUGGCGGUGGAUAUCUACGACUCUCAGUACCUGCUCAUCCUGGCCCCCUCCUUGGUCAUCGUCCUCAUGUUUCUCUUCUUCUGGCUCUUCAUGAAGGAGACCUCCUACGAUGAGGUGCUGGCCAGGCAGAAAAGAGACCUCAAGCUGCCGCCCUCCAAACCAGAAACCCGAAAGAAGAACGACAAGAAGAAGAGCAAGAAAAAGGAGAGUGCCAGUGUGGGGGGAGGUGGAGGAGGUGGCGGGGGCGGAGGAGAGUCAGAGGAGGAACUGCGGGACUUUGAUGUGGCUGAUGCAGUCAACAGCUCUCUUCUUGAACCGGAGGAGGAGGCCACACCUAUGGCACCACCCGCCCCUAACCCUCCAGUGCCUGUGGUUGUACCAGGAGAGGCUCCUGCUGGGAUAAGGGAGAGGAAGAAGAAGGAGAAAAAGGCUGCCAAGGCCGCUGCUGCAGCUCCUCCAUCUCUUGAGGAGCCAGAGGUAAAUGGCUCUAAGCUGGCCAACCGCAAGGCAGAAUUACCUCUGGCUGUGAGCAAACAGCCCAGCCCACCCUUUCCUCAGCCUGACGUGCAGAUCCAGGCUCAGGUCCAGGUCCAAAUGCAGAUCCAGCCUCUGGCUCAGGCCCAGGUUCAGGCUCAGGCUCUGGCCCAGACCCCUCCUCAGACUUCUGGGAAGAAGAAGGAAAAGAAGAAACAGAAAGCUGAGGCUGCUGAUGAACAGCAGCCUCAGGCUAAAGUGGAGCAGGCCCCACCCUCUGUCAAGAAAGAGGCUCACUUGAUAGCUGAAACCAAAGCUCUUGAUGGUGUUCCCCCCACAACUACCGGCGGCAAGAAAAAGAACUCUGCCAAAAAGCAGAAGACUGAGCCUGUCCCGGUAGAUGAGUCCCAUGUUCUGACUGACUCCUCAGCGGCUCCUAACCACCAGGCUGCCCAUAACGAUGAUGUGUCCUCCAAGGGGAGUGGCAAGAAACAGAAAAAUGAAACUGAUAGGGAGAACACUGAAGUUAAACUGAAGGAGCUGCUUUCUGGUCUUGCUAGUCUAACUUUGUCUGAGGCAGAAGCAGUCAGUGUGAUGACCCUCCUCCGAGAGAAGAGCCCUAAUGCCUUGGACACCUGGCAAAAGUCUAUAGCCAAACCUGACCCAGCAGCCCAGGAGAGAGAACGGCUCCUCACCACUCUGCAGGAGGAGGCAUCCAUUGCCAAGGAAAAGGUCAAGCAGCUGAGCCAGGAGCUUCAGGUCGAGAAGCAGAAGACAAAUCGGACAGAGGCCGUGAUGAGAGAGCAGCGAGGAGCCAUGGAGAAGGAGCUUGGGGGAAUGCAGGCUAAAGCCCAGGGCAGCUACCAGGAGCUCCAGACAAUGCAGAUAAAGUUCCAGCAGAUGAGGGAACAGCUGGAGAGCCAGAUCACUCGCCUGCAGCAGGAGAACGGCAUCCUGAGGGACGCGGUCAGCUCUGCCACUAACCAGAUGGAGAGCAAGAACUCGGCAGAGCUGAACAAGCUGCGUUCUGAGUACACUGGACUGAUGAAAGAGCUGGCAGAGAACAACAGCAAGCUGCAGCAGGAGGAGCACCAGAGGAAGUCUCUGGAGGUCAGCUACAAGCAGAACGUGUCUCAGCUGGAGGUUCAACUGCAGGACGCUAAGCGACGCUGGGAAGAACUGCAGAAUUACCUCCACAAUGUCAACACUGAGCGUGAGAAACUUCAAGGUGCCAAGCAAGAGCUCCAGAACCAGCUGCUGGCGAUGGAGACGGAGAUAAACAACAAGAACAAGGAGAUCCAGAACCUCCACAACAGCCUGACCGACACCAUUGUCUCCAAGGAGCGUGUGGAGCAGAAAGUGAGGCAGCUGUUGGAGGCGUCCCAGCACAGCAUGCCCGACGACUCCCUCCAAGCCCAGGUCCAGGAACUGUUGAAUGAAAACAAAGCCCUUCAAGUACAAACUGAGACUCUGCAAGCCCAGAAUGAGAGCCUGCAGGCCCAGAUCUCUUCGCAGGCCACCCAUGUCUCCCACAUUGAGGAGCUACAGAAACUAUUGGCUGAUAAGGAGUUGCAGAGGAAGAGUCUGGAGGACUCUCUGAAUGCCGAGAGAAGCAGUGGGGCGGGUAGAGAGACUGACAUGCAGGCCAUGCACAAUGAGAACAUGUCAUUGAAGGCAGAGCUUCAGAAUCUGCAGGCUCAGAUUUCUGAACAGACUGCCUCCCAGCUGGCAUUGGACCAGAUCCAAAAGAGUGUCCAGGAGAGAGAGGAAAAUAUUAAGACAGUAGAGGACCUACUGAAAACGGGUCUAAUUGAAGUGGCCAACAAAGAGGAAGAGCUCAAGGCUGUAAGGGAAGAGAAUGAGACACUAAAGCAAGAGGUGGAUGCUUUGAAACGUCAGGCUGCAGAACAGGCAUCAUCACAGUCAGUAGUGGAAGAGUUACAGAGCAACAUACAAGAAAAGGAUGAGCAACUAAAAUUACUGGGGGAGAGGCUACAGACAGCACAAGACACUGGCUCCACCAGAGAGAAGGCCAUUGAGAUUCUGGAGCAACAGUUGACUGUCCUGCGGGCAGAGAUGGAGCAAGUGAGACAGAAGGAGGUGCUAGAAGAGCAGACCAGUGCCAAUACUAAUGCCCUGCUCCAAGAACUCCAAGCACUGCUAGCAGCUAAAGACCAGGAAAUCCAGUCCCUGCAGGUUGAACUGGAGGUGAGGAGUCGAGAGGUGAGCGAGAAGGUAGAGCAACUGCAGCAACAGCAGCAGUCCCACACAGAGCCCCCAAGCCCAGAGCUUCUUACAGCGCUGUUUGAGAAGGAGAGGCAGGUAUCUGAUCUGCAGAUUGAGCUGGCAGAAUUGAGGGACUCGCUUGAGCUUCACAGGAAGAAGAACAAUGAGCUUCGGGAGAAAAACUGGAGUGCUAUGGAGGCUCUGUCAGCCACCGAGUCCAUGCUUCAGGGGAAACUCAGCAAAGCCGUCAAGGAGAACCAGGCAGUACUGGAGUCAUCCCAGGCCCAGUGUCGAGAUGUGCUGCACAGACUUCUGCCGCAUGUGCCUGUGCCCAAUGAGCAAAAUCACCAGGAUUGGCUGCACGGGUUUGAGAGGGCAGUAGCUGAAAUCUCAGCUGUGCAGUCCAGUUUCAGCCCUGUAUCAGGGGACUCAGAGGGACUGUUUGAGAAGCUGAAGGAGUCUGAGGAAGCCCAGAGGAUUCUACAGAAAGACUGCGAGACGUACAAGAAGGUUUUGGCAGAGACGGAGGGCAUCCUGCAGCGCCUCCAGAGCAGUGUGGAGCAAGAGGAGUCUCGCUGGAGGGUGAAGUUGGAUGUUUCACACGGAGAGCUAAAAGAGAUGAAUUUGAAAGUCACAGCCUUGGAGCAGGAGAUAGAGAGACUGUCUGAUGGAGCAGAGCUGGAGAAUUUGAGAAGAGAUAAAGAGCACUUGGAGUUUGAGUUGGAGCGGGCAGAGCGUGAGAGCGCCACUUAUGUGACGGAGGUCAGAGAGCUCAAAGAUCUGUUGACCGAAUUGCAGAGCAAACUUGAUGGCUCAUAUACAGAGGCUGUCAGGCAGAAUGAGGAGCUGAAUUUGCUGAAGAGUCAGCUAACUGAGACUCUAUCAAAGCUGGAGACUGAGGAGAGUGAGAGGCAAAAAGUGGCUGGUGAUCUCUACAAGGCCCAGCAAUCACUGGAUCUGAUACAGGAAGAGCUCUCCAAAGAGGCAGGCAAUGCUGACAUGAUUGAAAACAGUAGCCUGUCAUCACAGACUGAGGAGAUCGACAGGAAAGAGAAAAUGACUGCAGGACUCAACCAAACAGUUAGGGAACUGCAACAGCUGCUUCAAGCCGUCAAUCGGCAACUCACCAAGGGACAGGAGGGGGAGGCUGACAAAGACUUAUCGGAAGUAUAGGGAGAGGAGGACGGAUUCCCCAGAAAGCCACCCCAACCUCACUACAAAGAGACCACCCUGGUCUCAUCGUUACUGGUCUCAUCAUCACCACCACCACGAUCCUGCCGUCACACCCAAAAAACCCUCCCACCCACAGUCCUUCACCUGACUUGACCUGUACUGUAGGCAGCCUCCAGUUCACACUGGCCCAGGCUCUGGAGCAGCACUCUGAUGCCUUGCUGGCCAACAAGAGUGCAGACAGGGGCUCCCUGAUAACUCCAAACACUCCAGACACCAGACCGUAUACUACUGCACUCCCGCCACAUUCCUGUUCUACAGCAGCAUUGCCAGUUUAAACAACCACCCAACAUAUUUCAGACUACACGUGGCAACCUUUCUUCUGUUUAGAGCACCCCUAUUUUUCAAUGAAAACGUUUUUAAAUACAGCUGUGAUUUCCCAUGUUAUUUCACUUUCUUGAAAGGGCAGUACAUGAACUUGCCUCUUGGCUAAACAAACUUUGGUUUCUCGGUCCUUUAUUUUUCUCCUUAUGUUAAAAAUAUGUAUUGUUUAAAUGUACCAGUUAGGAACUGCUGAAAUACACUUAUGUUGCUGAACUUUUUGCCUCCUUUCCAGAAAAUUCUUAUGACAACAUGUGGAUCAUCGUGCAUUUAUGAACACAUAGCUCCAUGCAUACCUUAGCUCAGUAUUGGGUGGGGGCAGGGGAUAGGAAGAGGUCUCAGCAUGUCCAGGAGGGUUGCUAUGUUUGCUGUAACUAUGGAGAUGCAUGGACGAAGUGUAUGUGUGUGUGUGUUUGUUGUACUGCAGGGUGCGAGUCUGUGACCCUGGCUGUAGGAGGUGGCCAGGUUGACAGUACAUAGAUUUUUAAUCCUACUGUAACUACUCUAGGAAUAGGCGUCCCCUUUCAUCUGUAUUCAACACUCGCUAUAUUGUUGCUAAUUUCAUUAACACUGAAUAUUUUGUUCUUUUUGUAACAGGUGAACGUUAAUAAAUGGGAUGCUUGAUAAAA